GCUUCGCUCUGCGGUGUCACUUGUAACAUUUUAACCGAUACCAUCAUCCUCAUAAAUUAGUUAUUUUUUAACUCCAAAACGAUGUCACACAUGCCAAGCAGGCGUUUCCUCGCCGUCAUCCACCACUACACUCACAGCCUGUUCACCGGUUGCUAUGGGAACCUGCACAGUUAAUGUUUUCCCUCAUGUCCCUACGGUUCUUCAUUAAAUAAUCUGUACAACAAGAUAGUGUUAGGGACAUUCAGUACUGAGUUGAUGUAGAUUGCUGAUAACCUUCCCUUCUGUUCGGUCGAUAAAGUCGAAAAUAUCCAACAUGCCUGCCAACUUCAGCGGAACCUGGACGAGUACCAAGACCGAGGGCUGGCCCGAGCUGUUCGAAAAGAUGGGGGUGCCGAAGGAGAGGUUCCCGGCUGAUCUGAAGUUGACCCACGCUGUCACGCAGAGUGGCAACAUUGUACACAUGAAGACCACGAACAAUGUCAACCAUGACGUGAAAGUGGUCACAAUUACCGUGGGGAGCACCCACCGAGAGCUGGUAGCCACCAGCGAGAUCGAGCACACCACGGCGUGGGAGGGCGACAAGCUGGUCAUGCGUGCCGUCAGCGGCUCGGGCGGAAUCACCUACGAGAUUACCGGCGGUCAGCUGAUUAUCACCGUUGAACACCAGGGCAUGGUGGCCAAGUCUUACUUCAGCAAGUAGACAUCGAGGCGAACUUCUGCAGUCGUCUUUCAUUAUUUUUUUCAAGCUCAUUAUUUGGACAGAAAAUCUGGAGUCAGUGUCUUUUGAGUUG